GAGCCGGAGACGGGAAGAGCCCGGCUCCCCGCCCCAGCCCCAGCCCGAUGGCCCUCCUCACGCCCUGGAAGGGGGCCCGCCGGAAAAGCGACUGCAGACCCUCCAUGUCCAACCUGAACGUGGCCUUGGAUGAAUGCAUGAUCGCCCUCGACCUCUUUCUCACCAACCAGUUCUCCGAGGCACUCACCUACCUGCAGCCCAAAACCAAGGAGAGCAUGUACCACUCCCUGACCUAUGCCACCAUCUUAGAAAUGCAAGCCAUGAUGACCUUUGACCCCCAGGACAUCCUGACCGCCUGCAACAUGAUGAAGGAGGCCCAGACCCUGUGCCAGAAGCACCGAAAGAAAAUAUCUGUAGCGGGCUCCUUCAGCAACCUCAUGCACCGUCCUACCCUGGACCAGUUCACCGAAGAAGAAAUUCACGCUGAAGUAUGCUAUGCUGAGUGCCUCCUGCAGAGAGCUGCUCUGACCUUCCUGCAGGAUGAGAACAUGGUGAGCUUCAUCAAAGGAGGCAUCAGGGUGCGCAACAGCUACCAGACGUACAAGGAGCUGGACAGCCUGGUACAGUCCUCCACCUACUCGAAGGGGGAAAACCACAGCCAUUUUGAAGGAGGGGUGAAGCUUGGUGUGGGCGCCUUCAACUUGACACUGUCCAUGCUUCCUGCCAGGAUCUUGCGGCUGCUGGAAUUCGUGGGCUUCUCUGGAAACAAGGACUAUGGGCUGCUGCAGCUGGAGGAGGGAGCCUCUGUGCACAGCUUCCGGGCUGUGCUCUGUACCAUGUUGCUGCUUUGUUAUCACACCUUCCUCAGUUUCGUGCUUGGCACUGGGAAUGUCAACAUUGAAGAGGCCGAGAAGCUCCUCCAGCCUUACCUGAAACGUUACCCCAAAGGAGCCAUCUUCCUCUUCUUUGCCGGCCGGAUUGAAGCCAUCAAGGGCCACAUUGACACAGCCAUCCAGCGCUUCGAGGAGUGCUGUGAGGCCCAGCAGCAUUGGAAGCAGUUCCACCAUAUGUGCUACUGGGAGCUCAUGUGGUGUUUCACCUACAAAUGCCAGUGGAAGAUGGCCUACUUCUACGCCGACCUGCUCAGCAAAGAGAACUCCUGGUCCAAGGCCACCUACAUCUACAUGAAAGCCGCCUACCUCAGCAUGUUUGGAGAGGACGAUUACAAACCUUUUGGAGACGAUGAAGUGGAGCUUUUUCGAGCUGUGCCAGGCCUGAAGCUCAAGAUUGCCGGCAAGUCUCUGCCCACCGAAAAAUUUGCCAUUCGGAAGUCUCGGCGGUACCUCAACCCGAACCCCAUCCCGCUGCCUGUGCCGGCCCUGGAGAUGAUGUACAUCUGGAACGGCUACGCGGUGAUCGGGAAGCAGCGGCAGCUGACGGAGGGCAUGCUGGACGUCCUCAUCAAGGCCCAGGAGACCCUGGAGAAGUCACCAGCCAACGAGUUCUCGGUGGACGACCUGUGUGUGGUGAAGCUGCUCCAGGGCCUGUGUCUGAAGCACCUGGCCCAGGUCAGGGAGGCCGAGGAGAACUUCCGGUUUAUCCAGGCCAGUGAGAAGAAGAUUAAGUACGACCACUACCUGAUCCCCAACGCGCUGCUGGAGAUUUCCCUGCUCUGCCUGGAGCAGGGCAGGACGGAGGAAGCCCUCAAAUGCUUGGAGAUGGCCAAGCUGCGGCUCUUCUCAUACUUUGAGUCUACAUCCUGACCAAACAGUCUCAGUUCUUUCAGUUGGUUUGCAUCAGGCACGGGUUCCAGGUGCUUCCCCACCCCAGCCUCCCUCUCCUAGAAGCUCCUCCUCGAUGUCCUUCCUUCAGGCGGGGUGUGACCGGGGCUGAGGACAAGAGGGACUCCCGCCCCUCCUUCCUGGGGCAGCCCGAGAGCACGUGAGCUCUCGGCCACAUCAUGCUGUAGACGCCUGCUGGGCUUGCGGUCCAUCAAGCAUCAAGACUCCCUCCCUUUGAUCUUUUUCAGAUGAAUUGCUGUCUAGUCAUACCUUGGCCACCUUAUACUUAGGACAAAACACUUUGAACCCACAUAUUCCUAUUCAAUUUCAUUUUAUUCUACUUGGCCAACAUUCUACCCCAAUCUUUGGUGUGUUAGCUGUGCCUCAGCUCUGUGUCACUGGCAGAUUUGAUGAGCCUUGACCUGAGUGACUGGUACAAUGUUAGAGGCGGGGUUGGCGACAGAUCCCUGGGGCACGCCACUGUAGACCUUCCAGUUGUCAUUGAACCAGUGACGACCUUUGUUCUGAUUCCACCCAAGGCUUCAGCUUCAGCUCUUUAUCUCCUCCACAAGAACAUCACGAGUGUCCCCCCCUGCCCCCGCUCUCCAGUGCUCUGCCUCAAGUCCAGAUAAACAGUUUGGUAGCCCCCGCAACCAAGGAAACAGUGCCAGCCUGGCUCCCGGCGCUCACUGCUUCCUUCCCUGGUCACAAGCAUCCCUUUAAUGUGCUGUUCUAGAAUUUUGCCAGGAGUCGAAGUCAAGUGCCCUGCCUGGUCUGAAGACUGUUCUCUUCUCUCCUUUGAAAAUUGGGACAUUUGCCUUGUGCCAACCCUGUAGUAUGGCGACCUCCCCUCCGCCAUCCUUGGAUGCCCUCACCUAAGCGUCACCCCUCCCUGCUUCCAUCCACUCCGCUCUCCGCCCCACCCCGACUUUAUGCAUUUCGCUGAUUCUGAAUGAAGGCUCCCCCUCCCCUGGCCACGAGCCACAUUCCAGGCCCUGGUCUCCUUCCCGCACUGGGAGGUCUGCCUUGCCUGCUGGCAUCAGGUGAGCUGGAGCAGACGCUGCUGGCUCCCCCCAGGUUCUAAGCUCGGGUGCAGACACGAGAGGCCUGGGAUGGUUCUCAUUCCUGGCCACUUCCUGUGCGUCUCCAGUGAAUCACCGAGGGUCUCUAGGGUCAGUUUUCCUCUUGCAUCUAUUGAUUGUCUAACCCAUGGGUGUGUCUGGAGGUGAUUCUCCUCCCUGUGCCACGAUCAUGUUAAAGAUGAGAUCUGUACAAGUCCAGGCAAAUAGGAUUUUCGCCAAGCCCUCCUAACGUUCCCUCCAUCCCUGACAAAGAACCUCUCCCUUCUGUAGGGUCCAGAACCCCCAAGCCCCUCCUCAGACGCCACCUUCUGUCCAGAUGCCUUUGCAUCUGAGGGCCAGAGAAGAGGGAGAUGCCACCCAUGCCCAAGACUUCCUCAUCCUUAGCAAUCCCUUCAGAAUUCCUCUCGGUGACAUCAUCUGUUCCCGGGACUCACCUGUGAGUGGGUGUGAACCUCGGGGCCUCUGCCGGGGUAGGCCCAGACCUCUCUGUUGUGGUCCCUGGCAGGUGGAACGGGUGAUGCUCUGUGAGUCAUUACCCCUCUCUCUGGGGGCUGGACUUCAGUGACCUCUGAGGCUGACCUCCUGCUGAAAGUUCGGAUUCUGUGAUCUUUUCCAUCAUACACAGCUCUAACAUGACCCACUCCUUUUCUCAGGACCUUUCUCCUGAGAUCAUCCAUUGUGGAAAUGGGGGAGGUGGGGCUGGGAUGGUAUCAUCUAACCGCAGACUUUCUCUCGCCUGAAUUACUCCCGUCCACCAACAUUUCUGUGAGAUGACGUAUAUGUAAAGCACUUUUCCACCAUAAGGAGCUGUGUAAGUGCCAGCUAUGAUGACGACUGCAGCUCGGGCACAGGAAGGGGCAUUGGGAGGCCUGGGCGGAUCACUGACUCAGGCCCUGCCCUCAGACAGUUCCCAGGGCAGGGGCAGCCACGUGAGGAGGGGAGGCCCCUGACAGCUGCCCUCCCUUUGCCCGAACCCACACGCCCUCGUGCCCAGGGGAUCUCGCCAUUGACCUGGUCUUCUUCUCUGUUUGG